AAGAAAAGAACCCUAAUCUAAGUUAUUUAAAAUUAAGGAAUCUUUAAUGAUUCGAAGUGAAUGUCCGAAAUCAUUACAUCCAAACGAAACCUAAACAUAGCUUCGUCUUCGUUUGAUCUGUAAGCACAUUUUCUCCUCUCGCGUAACCAGAACUCUCAUUUCUCGUUGGAUCCACUCCCCCCUCCUUAUAUACGCCUUUUAAAUUUUAUCCUUCCUCUUCUUCUUUGGAUCUCCAGCUGUUUUUCCAGACUCUUUGAUUUCUCAUUUAGAGCAUAUGAUUCCUUAGGAUCUUCGCGCUUAUCGGAGCAAAAGGUAGGUGCUUUCUCCUGUUACCCUUUGCUAAAAAGGUCAACAAUGACGGACAAAAGCUCUGUUGAUGGGAUCCUAGAGUUUCUCAAGAAGAAUCGUUUCUCUAAAGCAGAGGAAGCUCUGCGUAAUGAGCUCAACAACAACAACCCUUCUGACUUGAAUAGGUUUCUUGAGAAUCUUAACCUUGAGGACAAAGAUUCAAGUAAAGGUUCAAAACCAAAGGCUGCCAGUAAUCAAGGUUCUCGAGAUAGUCAAGUCCCCAAGGAGCUGAUUGUGAAAGAGAUUGACUGUGGGACUGGCAAUAAUGGGUCUGUAAUCAAAUGGGAGAAUGAUGAGAAAGCUAGCAAGAAGGUUAUAUCAAGGGAGAUGAGCUUCACGUUCUCUGAACAUUCAGGUGAUGCUGAAUUUACUACUUCAGGUAAGGGUACCUUAGACCCUUAUCGAAGCACUGAUGAUGUUAGUAGUAGCAGUUUGGUGGAUCCAUAUGCAUUGGAACAGUCGAGGCAUAUUGAUAAGAAAAUCGUGGAAACUGGUGAAGAUAUCGUUUUCUUUGGCAAUAAGACUACUUCAUGGUCUGGAAACACUACUAGUAAAGGGAACUCCGGAUCCAAAGUAAAUGAGAUUGAUAGGCCGAUUGAAAAAAGCUAUAGCACUCGCUUAAGAACUGAAGAUGUGGCAGAUACAACCUCAGAGAACAUGAAAGAGAGUUCUGUGAAGACUUCGAGAGGCGAUGAUGCCUCAACUAGUUACAGUCAUCAGGUCACCAGCUCGGACAAAAGAGACGGAAAGAAAAAGGCGGCAGCAGACGUUAAUGAUGUGAGGGCGGCGAUCAAGGAGCAGGAGAGUGAGGUGGCGAGAGCUUUGUUCUUUGGUAAAACUCAGUCUACUUUUGAUGACAAGAAUGUGAGCAGCUUAGGUUUUCCGCUUGUUUAUGAUGCAAGGAAGGAAGAGUUUCCUAGACUGCCUCCUGUUAAGCUCAAGUCUGAAGACAAUCCUCUGAGUCUUUACUGUGAAGAGAAGUUUGAGCGUGAUGGUUCAGGUUCAAGGCCGAUCAGUGAUGGAGAGUCUCUUCUCAUUGGCUCGUACCUUGAUGUUCCCAUUGGACAAGAAAUCAGCUCAUCAGGUGGGAAAAAAUCUGCUGGGGGAAACUGGCUUUCAGUAAGUCAGGGAAUAGCAGAGGAUGUAGAUGCAUCAGAUCUUGUUUCUGGCUUCGCUACCAUCGGUGAUGGCAUGAGUGAAUCUGUUGAUUACCGUAAUGAAUACUGGGACUCCGAUGAGUAUGAGGAUGAUGACGACAUUGGUUAUGUCAGACAACCUAUUGAGGAUGAGACAUGGUUCCUUUCCCAUGAAAUUGACUAUCCAAGUGAUCAUGAGAAAGCAACCACCCGCGGAAGUCCUGGUCAUGCAACCAAAGACGAGGAUGAUGAACAGUCUUACGCAGAGGAGGCUUCUUCUUAUAUAUCCGGCGAACAGUAUCCUCUAGCCAAAGUUGUUGAACCUGUUUCUUCGGAAAGUGACCGAAGGCUUACUGUCUCAGAGAUCUAUCCAGCUAGCAAGAAGGAUGAGUUGAUAUCUCAGUAUAUUGGGGAGCUGGUGGAUGAGGAGGUGCUCGAUUCGAUAAGUGAUGAGCCUGUUUGGCAAGGGUUUGAAGCUAAGAAAAGCGUGAAUGUUGUUCAUGAUGAUCAGCAUGAUUCAGUCAGGUCCAUUGGUGUGGGUAUUAAUAGCGACGCAGCUGAUUUCGGCAGCGAAGUACGUGAAAGUUUGGCUGGAGGAAGCAGCGAGGGAGAUUUUGAGUACCCUCGUGAUCAUCAUGAUGCUGUAUCAUCAUCAUCAUCAAGGUUUAAACGGGUUUACUCUGAGUCGGAUAAGAAACACAUUGAUGUACCGAACAAAGAUAAACAGAAAGCAAGUGAAGAAGACUCAGGGGGAAGUUUCCAUGUGAAGAAGACUCAAACCGAUGGAGUUUUUGAGUUUGGCAAUAAAAAAACGGUAAUUAGAGAUACUUUAACAGCUACUGAUGAUAUGGUUGCUACUUGGAGACGGAAAAGCAGUGAUACGUCAAGUUCUUCGGUGAAAGAAGAUAAUGCAAAAUCUAGAAACUCGUCAUCUCCCUCGUCUCUGUCAAAUUAUGCUUGCGGAGAAAGAAAGCGUGCUGAUAAAGAAGAUGAUGGCAGUGAGAGUGAAGAUGACAAUGCGACAGCACUUGAUGACGAAGAGGCAGUGGCUGUACAAGAGCAAAUUAGACAAAUUAAGGCACAAGAGGAGGAGUUUGAAACCUUUAACCUCAAGAUUGUGCAUAGGAAAAACAGAACUGGUUUUGAAGAGGAAAAGAACUUUCACGUGGUUUUAAAUUCGGUCAUUGCUGGGCGUUACCAUGUGACUGAGUACCUUGGAUCAGCAGCCUUCAGUAAAGCCAUACAAGCGCAUGACUUACAGACAGGAAUGGACGUUUGUAUAAAAAUCAUAAAGAACAACAAAGACUUCUUUGACCAGAGUCUUGACGAGAUUAAACUUUUGAAGUAUGUCAAUAAGCAUGAUCCUGCUGACAAAUACCAUCUUCUCCGGUUGUAUGAUUACUUUUAUUACCGAGAGCAUUUGCUAAUUGUAUGUGAACUACUUAAGGCAAACCUAUACGAGUUCCACAAAUUUAACAGAGAAUCAGGUGGUGAAGUCUAUUUCACAAUGCCACGAUUGCAGUCAAUCACGAUCCAAUGCCUUGAAGCACUUCAGUUUCUACAUGGGCUCGGACUUAUACACUGUGAUUUGAAGCCUGAGAACAUAUUGGUGAAAAGCUACAGCAGAUGUGAAAUAAAAGUCAUUGACCUCGGAAGCAGCUGUUUCGAGACUGAUCACCUAUGCUCCUAUGUCCAGUCGAGGUCGUAUAGAGCACCAGAAGUCAUUUUGGGACUUCCUUAUGAUAAGAAGAUAGACGUGUGGUCUCUUGGGUGCAUAUUGGCUGAACUAUGUACGGGGAACGUUCUUUUCCAGAAUGAUUCUCCAGCGAGUUUGCUUGCAAGGGUUAUGGGAAUCAUAGGAUCUAUAGAUCAGGAAAUGCUUAGGAAAGGGCGUGAUUCCCACAAAUACUUUACGAAAAACAGAAUGCUAUACGAGCGGAACCAGGAAAGCAGCAGAUUAGAGUACCUGAUACCUAAAAGAACAUCGUUGAGACAUAGGCUACCAAUGGGAGACCAAGGAUUCACAGACUUUGUGGCUCAUCUUCUUGAGAUAAACCCAAAGAAGCGUCCUUCUGCGUCAGAGGCUCUCAAGCACCCUUGGCUUUCAUACCCAUACGAGCUAAUCUCUACUUAAACAAUAAGUGACUUACUACUUUGGCUAUCAAAAAAAAAAAAAA